AUGUGGUCAAACACGGUCUUUCGCGUUUGAUAUAUCAAAUCCCAUCGUCAUAUUUUUGCAGCAAGUUGGCGACAAUGAGCUGCCAGAUUGUGUCGUGAAAAGCAUGUAUUUCUGUGAACACACAAGUUCUGAGAGUACAUCAGACGAUCACAGCAAGCGAAAUCCUCAUGAAGCCAGGGAAAUCACAGAAGUUGCAAAAACGUUCUGCCAAAAGGGCAGAGUUGAUCCAUCUAAAAUCACAGUGCUUUGCGCAUAUCGCGGACAGGUCACAGAAAUAAUCGAACGUUUUAAAUCGUCGAAUGUGGAGGCGCUAAGUAAGAUUCAAGUGACUACGAUUGACAGUUUUCAGUCUCUCAAUAAGCGACCACUUGACAGAUAAUAGAGGGAAAAUUGGAUAAUAAGGUGUUCUAACAUUAUCGCAUCACUGGAUGGUACAAGAGACGGCAAUUUCUCUAUGGGAAGUACCCGAUUUUUUCUCAAAAUCGACUUUUCACGUGAAUAAAACAUUUAAAACAUGGAUUAAGUCUCACUCACGCAGUUAACUUAUGCUAAUGAGGCAAAAUUGUGACCCAGUAAAGUCUAAGCUCUCGUAAGCGACCACCUCCCGUAAGCGACCUGCUAGGCAUGACGUUUUAGGUGGCCGCUUACGGGAGGUUCGACUCUUUUUUGCUCAUGUACCUGCUGCACCCAAACUGUCAAGCUGUGACGGUCUCCAAAACGUUUCCGUUCAACUGGUCAGUAAGCCUGUUUGAAGUGUAUCUACAGUAUUUAAGUUUGACAGGAGUUUGAACUCCAAACCGAGGAACUGAACAUGACCUGCCUGUGUUCUCCCUUUCUUCACCUCUUUAGACGCUUGGAAACAGAGCACUUACCUAUUCAGAAAAUAUACUUACUCAAAAUACUUUAUCUUUGUUGUU